AUGGCGCCGAGGAAGAAGAAUCCGGCGAUCAAGUCGAGCGGUACCACGUCGUCCAAGGCGUCGCCGCUGCCGGACUGGGUCAAAGGUGGAGGCCCCAAACCACCUCCCUCUUACACCAAAGCUGCCAAGCAGCAGCAAACACAAUCGGCGGGCAAUGACACAGCUAUAUCGGCUACAGGGUCCUCCUCUUCUUCUUCUCCGGUUGCUGCUGCUUCUUCCGCUGGUGGUGGUGGCGGUGGCGGUCAAGGACAGCCGAGAGAAAUGCUCUUCCCACCUGGCAGCAAGACCCCCCUCAACAUGCUGUACGAAAGGGUCAACAAGCUGCCAGGAUGGGAGAAACCCAUCGUUGAACCACGCAGGCACAAGCAAGGCUACAGCUGUGCUGUGACGCUGAAAAAGGUCAACAAGAAGGACGCCUCGAAUCCGUUUACCGUGACGUUUGAACCCAAGGAACCCACGCUGCGACUCGAAUGCCAGUCCAGCUUAGAGGCCAAGCAUUGGGGUGCCACCUACGCCCUGUUUCGCAUCUUCAACCACCUCUCGCUCAACCUUGCGCUCCCACCAGGACCUAGAGAGUACUGGGUCAAGAUGGAGGCUUACAAAAAAACAGCACCUAGUCACCAGGACUGGAUGUGGGCGUCGGAUCCUUUCGAAGCAGCAGCAAAGAGGGACGCAGAAAAGGCGAAGAAGGAGCAAGACAAGCUCGCAGCGGCAGAUGCAGCCAGCAGAGGCGAGGUGAGCAUCAUCAAUGCCAAGCUCAACGGAGCAGCCAAGCCGCUCAGCAAAGCGUGGCAGGAAGCCAAGGAGGUGCGACUAGCCAGUUCGUUGCGAGAAAAGAUCGAAGCCACCAUUCGUAGAGCGAUGAGCAUAUUUCCUUCCGCCAGCGCUGCACCGCUCGAUCUCGUUGAAGAGGACCAAGAUGCCGACACAGCAGCGCCAAAUUCUACACCCAACAUCGAUGCUGCCGGUCUGGAGAAGGAGCUCACAUCGUACGGCUUUCGCCGCGGGCAUGCACGCAGCGCCAUCUCUUGGCUCACCUCAGCGCGCAUCGCGCUCAGCAAUCCAUCGAGCUCCUCGACAACAGCUGCAGCAUUGGUAGAUCCGAUGCUCGCUUCGGCUGCUUCGCUGGCAGACCGCGAAGCUGCGCUCGAAUACCUCAUGCUCUACACCCCCGAAGAGGAUCUGCCGGCGAGAUUCAAGCCAAGCACCACAUCGGAAAGCUUUGUCACCUCGUCGAAAGCUGGUGCAAGUGGAGAUGCGCUUGCAGUUGGUUGGGCUGUCGACAAGUUGUCCAAGCAGGCCGGCUUACCCAGAAAGGCGGUCCAAGCUGUUUUCAAGCGGAUCGCUGCUGCAGAACAUGAGCGAAACGUCGAGCUGCCGAGACUGGUCAAAGAAGGUCUGGCGCUGGAAAUGAUGCUCCGUCAGAUGGCGGGCUGGGACUCGCCAGCGCAAGCAGAAGAACAGUGGACCUCGGAUGCGAUCCUCGAUGCGGUGUUGUUCUUUCCGACCAGAGUCAAUGAUGCAGACAAGGAAGAGAUCGAGAUCAAAAGAGCCGACGAACGCAUGGCUGUCGAGGCUGUGCUGGGCGAUGAUCGUGUGGUGGUCCCUAGUGAGCACCAACGGCUCGGCGUGCAAGACUACGACGUUACCAUCGCUGGACCUGGCACGUCGGUCGGUGGAACAGAAGACGUUCGACUGCGUAUCUCGUCGCAUCCGCAAGCGCUCUAUCCGUUGGCUCGCGACAAGACGCACGCGGUUGCUCUUCCCGCAUUCUGCGUGGUAUCCAAGACGUUACCGUCCUACCUCAAGCUUGCACUCACCCAGCACUUGCUUCGCGCCUUCCAGGGCGACAACCGGAGGAUGGACUGGUACGAUGCCAUCGAGGCGGGUGAUGGUGGUAUUGUGUUGAGCCUGGUCGAAGAGUUGGAGAGCAUGUGGUCCAAGAUGAUCGACGAUCCUCCUCUGCUCAGCAGCGUGAUGCAGUACCUCGUUGGUCCAGAUUCUGCUGAAUCCAGUGUGGAAGCUACACCGGAGACAUCUCGAGCCGCUACACCCACAGGCCCAUCCAGGAUAGCCAAUAAGCGCCGAACCGGAGGAGGGAGAGCCUUGCGACGUGAUGCCGAGGUCGACGCACAACUGCAACGCCAGCAGAGGCAGUUGCACACGUCUCCGAGCUACUCCAAGAUGGACGAGACGCGUAGAUCGCUGCCUGCCGCUUCGGCUGCCCGUGAGAUCUUGGGGCUGAUCCGUUCGAACCGUGUGGUCAUCAUUGCAGGCGAAACGGGUUGUGGUAAGACAACGCAGGUGCCGCAGUUCAUCCUGGACGAAGCGAUCGAAGCUGGACGAGGAAGCGAGUGCAACAUUGUAGUCACUCAGCCACGACGUGUGAGCGCCAUCGGUGUCGCAUCGCGUGUCGCGGUGGAGCGCGGCGAAAAACUGGACGGCAAAAAGAAGGCCGUGGCGCCUGGCAGUCUGGUAGGCUAUGCGAUCCGCGGCGAACGUCGAGCAUCUCGCGAAUGCAGGCUGCUGUUCACCACGACAGGAGUGCUGCUGCGACGACUGGGCGCGGGUGGAGACACGGACCUGAAGGGCAUCUCACAUGUCGUGGUGGACGAAGUGCACGAGCGCAACGUGGACUCGGACUUUUUGCUGCUCGAGUUGCGCGAGCUGCUGAGACGCAACAGCAGGAUCAAGGUGGUGCUGAUGAGUGCCACGAUCAACCAGGAGACGUUUGCAAGCUACUUUGGUAAAGCACCGUGCAUCUCGAUCCCCGGCCGCACGUUCGCUGUCGAGGAUCACUACUUGGAAGACAUUGUGCAGCAGAGCGGGUUCCGACCUUCGGGCAACGAGUGGCGCGGUAGCGCGCGAGGUGGCAAGCAGAUCGAGCAAGAGAUAGGUCAGCUGCGAGCGCAUCUGCAAGCGCAGGGUGUAGACGAAGAGACAUGCAAGGCGGUGGAGAGCCUCUCUCGGUCUGGAGGGAGAAUCAGCUACGAGCUGCUCGGAGCGGUGGUGCGGUACGUGGUAGAACGAGCCGAGAACGAAGAGCUCAGCGGCGCUGCAGAUGGCGAUGUUGGUGGAGCGAUCCUCGUAUUCUGUCCUGGUGUCGGCGAGAUUCGACAAGCGAUCGAUGCCAUCACGACGUCGGUACGUGGGCAGAGCAAGGUGGAAAUCCUGCCGCUUCACGCGAAUCUAUCUGCCGACGAGCAGCGCCGCGUCUUCCAGCCGGUGGGAGCAGGCCGUCGCAAGAUUGUUGUCUCGACAAAUGUCGCCGAGACGUCGAUCACGAUUCCUGAUGUGUCGUACGUGGUGGAUACAGGGAGGGUCAAGGAGACGCGCUUCGAACCGGAAAGUGGACUGACGCGCUUGGUGGAAUGCUGGGCAUCACGAGCCGCGUGCAAGCAGCGACGCGGACGUGCUGGACGUGUGCGAGCUGGAGAAUGCUUCCGGCUGUACUCGCGGUAUGUGGACGAGAAGAAGAUGGCAGCGCAGCAGACGCCCGAGAUGCGACGCGUACCGCUGGAAUCGCUUUUCCUCGAGGUGAAAUCGAUGCGCGAGGACGAAGACGUCAAGGAGUACCUCAACAAGGCAUUGGACCCGCCGAGCUUGGCGUCGAUGGACGCAGCGCUGACCAACUUGAUCGAGGCGGGAGCGCUGCAGUCGGAUCGAGGAUACAAGAGCCGGCUGACCUCGCUAGGCAAACACCUGGCGCAGUUGCCUUUGGAUCUGCGCUUGGCCAAGCUGCUGAUCAUGGGUACAAUCUUUGGCUGCCUGGGACCCAUGUUGACGGUGGCGAGCAUCAUGUCAUGCAAGCCGCUCUUCAAUACGCCAUUUGAGAAGAGGGAAGAGGCGAGCAAGGCGCGAGCAAGUUUUGCCGCUGCAGGAUGCCGAAGCGACUUGCUCGCAGACGCUGCAGCGUUCGAAGAGUGGCAGACGAUGCGAGCCCAACGGAAAACGAAUGGCGAGAUCCGAGAAUGGUGCGAAAGCCACUUUAUCUCGCAGUCGUCGCUGAGGGACAUCCAGACGAACCGAUUGGACCUACUCUCGCAUCUGCAAGAGAUGGGCUUUGUGGCCCCAGACUACAGUGCGUUUGGCGUGUACGACGACGAGAGGUACGACAUGAACGCGCAGCAUGCAGGAGUAUUGCGAUCAGUGAUUCUGGCGGGACUGUGGCCAGCGGUGGUGCGUAUCGAUGUGCCAUCGGCCAAAUUUGAUCAGUCGUCGAGCGGUACCGUGCAGAGGGAGGCGGAAGCUCGGCAGGUCAAGUACUUUGAUCGCAACGGCCGCGUGUUUUUGCAUCCGUCGUCGACGCUGUUCAGCUGCAAAGGGUUCGAGUCGUCGUACCUCACCACGUUUGCCAAGAGCUCGACUGGAGCUGGAGCGGAUUCAAAGGUAUACUUGCGCGAUGCGACCGAGGUGCCGCUGUUUGCGCUGUUGCUGUUUGGUGGCAAGCUCAAGAUUAACCACUUUGCAGGAGGGAUCGGUAUCGGAUCGAAUCAAAGCGGUGGCGAUGCCAAGGACGAGAAUUGGGUUCGACUGCGUGCCAAUGCUCGAAUCGGUGUGCUGUGCGCUCAGCUGCGACGACUGCUGGAUGCGGUGCUCGACCACGCUAUCGAUGAACCGCAGGACAUGUUUGCAGUGCCGGGAUGCAAAGACGUGCUCUCGGUGAUUGGCCAGGUGCUUCAACGUGAUGGUCUUGCAGCGUGA